ACCGCCCGGCUAAGUACUUAUGCUUAUACCCACAGGUAAGUGAGUUUUCACCCUUUCUCUUUACAACAGACAGAGGUCAUUACAGAAAACCACAACUGGUCAAAAAGAAGACAACAAGAGAUUAUAGGGUGCCCAUCACCCAAAGGAUACAUCCACAACACAACUCCUGCACCUAAGGCUCAGGAACACGGCAGAAGAGGGGGCAGAAAGAUCAUAAAAGCCAGGACCAGGAAAUCACUGCAAGAAUGCAUCUCAUAAAAACGACAAGGGAGCUACACCCAGGAUACCUCAACAACGUGGAAAUGUCUACAGUAUUCUGCACACCAAUGUGAAAUUUGAAUUGUACAGAAAUUGAAGUCUUGUCUUUCUCAAAGUAAGGGUAUCGUGGCAGUACAUAGAAGCGAAAACAAACCGCACAAGACAACAGAGGAAACACCUACAUAAUACUGCAUAUUUGUGGCAGGAAAAAAUGUGGGUUCUUAAAAUACAUAUGGGUGCUCAUCAGAAGCUCUCAAAACAUGAUUUUAUAGAUUAUAGAAGUUAUCCAUAUUUUCUGAACAGAUUUAUAUGACCUAAAACAAAAUAAAUAAAACACAGGGUCAAUUUUCCAUAAGAAAAGUAAAAGAGUAGCUAAGUAGAAAGGUACUGACUGAUUUUCCUGUUCACACAUCCAGGAAUGGAGGCUUGAUUACCUCAGUCAUGGAGUUUGUUAAACCUCCAGUCUCAGAUCCUGGAGUGGGAGAGUGCUAAGUGAUCCCCUGUCAGAAAGACAGACAGUGACACCUAGGGAAACAAGACCCUGAUCUCUGGAAGGGGAGUCCCUUUUUUUUUCCCCCUGGAGCUGAUGACCGAACCCAGGGCCUUGUGCUUGCUAGGCAAGUCCUCUACCACUGAGCUAAACCCCCAACCCCGGAAUAUUCUUUACAUGUAGCUUGCAGUGUAACUGGGGACAUGUGGCAGUCACAGGAGCCAUCCAGAGGCAGGUGGUCUUGACUAAGAAUCCCCACCCUGACCCCCAUUUCUCCCCACAGUUUGACUGUCCUCUGAGAUCUCUAAAGUCACGAGCACAGCUGCGUCCUUUACACACGUCACUUCUCUACAUAGAGGGCCAGCUGAAUGUGAGGAGCUGAAACUGCUUAUAACACCAGAGUGCUCUCACUGGAGUUGAAGCUCAAUUAUAGGGUGCAUACCCCAGGCCCUGGGCUCAUCCCUUGCACCCAUUCCCAAAGUUUUAAAAUUGUCUGCCAGGGACUUUUUCUUCCUAAAUUCCACUUAUCUUACUUACUCCCCCACCUCCCCAGGUCCCUCGGCUGGAGUACCUUCUUGCCCUGGACCCGCUGCCGUGCUCUUCAUGUCCCUGUCCACCCAAGUGGACCCUUUUCCAAAGCCACCCAAACAUCUGGACUGCCUCACAAGCCUGUGACAAGUGUUCCAUUGGCCUUCAAGACCUCCAUUUCUUAUAUAUAUAAAAAAAAAUACUCUGUGCCAUUUCUUUCUGCCCUGUCCCCUGGAGUGUUGGACAAUUUGUGCCUCCCACUCCCCUGUCUAAAUCCUAAUGCCAGCUCUCUUGCUGGACCCUGCCAGGUAGUUAGGUACUUUUGCCGGCUACUUAGGCGGUCUUCUUCUGCCUACUGUCCUGGCCCUGCAUCCAACAGAGACCUGGCUCCGAUUAGUGCUUAAUAGAUAUAGUCUUCAAUUAACAGCCCUAAAACAUUGCUCAGUGAACCGACACAUCUAACUUCUCAUGCACUUUAGAGCCUUAAUAGCAAGUCCCUUGCCAUGAAACACUCCGGCUAGAACCCCAUAACCCACAGCUAAACCUCAAUGUUAAGACCAGCUAGACAAGCGAGACCAUGUGUUCUUCUGUUGGACAGAAAUUAUCUACAGGAACAAAACACUAGAGAAGGGCGACUCUGGCAGUAUGAUAAAGUGAGGCAAAGCAGGCCACUUCGGUUUGUCUAAAUGAAAAUAAAAGUUAAGGCCACUGUGCCAUCACAUAAUUCACACCUCGGGGUUGUCCUGACUUCUAACAGAAACACUUUCUUGGAUGGUCUUCCAAGCCACUUGAAGGAAGUCUGUCCUCUGAGAGGACUCCCCAACCCCCGGCAAAGACGUCAUGCUGCAGCUAAACCCAGUUCCUCUACCUUCCUUCAUUUGUGUUCCCAGUGGUCUUCGGAUGAAAUCUGGUCAUAGUUACAGGCCACUAUUCUAUAUUCAACAGUCACAAAUAUCUUAAAGGCAUCAUUGUUCCCAGCUUCCACCCACAAAUAGGCUGGCAGAGGUCAAGUGACCUAGCAGAAAUCUUAUGCAGUGACUUGUAGGCCUGACCCUGAGCAUCUAAUGAACAAGUCAACCAGAUACCCACUAUAUUAUCCUGGAUACCUUUUUGAGUAUGUGAAAAUAUUUUACAAAAAAAAAAAUUUAAAGUACCAUGAAUUGAAAACAAAGCCCCAGAAGGCAAGAGGUGGUCCGUGGUGGCCAGAUAUCUCAGGUGUUUUCUACUUUGAAGACAAAAGGAUGGAACAAGCAAUAGAGAAAAAAGGGCUAGAAUGACCCAACAUAUCUCAGCCGCAAAAUAUAUAAGAAGUGAAAAAACUCUCACUAAACAAUACAAGGCAAUAUUCUCAUAAGUCAAGUCGGCAAACUACAGACCAAAGGCUGAUGUCUAAUAUUGCAAACAGUUUUACUGGAAUUUCCAAUAGGCAUCUUUCUACUAAAAAUCAAACCGCACAGCUCCCUCCAUGCCAAGUGGCAUGGUGGGUGUCCAUCUCCAGAUGCCACUUCCUCUUUAAAAGGUGGGAAGGGCGGGCUCCGAGGAAAGGGAGGCUGCUUCUCGGUUGUCUGGGAGGGGCUGCUGCUGAAAGGAAAGGGCCGGGGUCCUGCCUGGACUCCCCACCCUGGACCAGCGCGCAAAAGGGAUCCUGCGGCUUUAAACCCCCGAAGGGUCGACGGUUGCCCCGAGAGACAGACGCUCAACAGCAGUGCGCGCUCCCCGACUGCCGGCAGACAUGCCUCCGUGUCGCAGCGUGAUGGAACCCACGAAGGACAGCCCGAAGGAGCCGGAGGAGGCUUCGAUAAGGGAAGAGGAUGUGGUGGAAGAAGAGGAGCAAGAGGAGGCGGAGGCGGCGGAGGCAGAAGUGGCGGCGGCGGCGGCGGCGGAGGCGGAGGCGGAGAAGGCGGAGGCGGAGGAGGCGGAGGCGGAGGAGGAGAAGACCGAGGCGGAGGAGGAGGAGGAGGCGGAGGCGGAGGCGGAGGAGGAGGAGGAGGAGGAGAAGACCGAGGCGGAGGAGGAGGAGGAGGAGGCGGCGGUGGCGGAGGCUGAAGGGGUGGAGGGGGCGCAGGGAGCACAGGGAGAGCCGGGAAAGCAGGAAGAGCAGGGGAGGGAGGAGGUGGCGGCGAGCCAGCAGCAGGACAAUUUCGACCCCUUCGCGGAGCUCUUGGACGAUGGCGACCUCUGGAAGACCAUGGACUUCAGUGAAGGCCUUUUCGACGAUGACUUGGAGCUAUUUCGUCCCCGCCUAACUAGCGUGGUCACCCCCAGCCUGAGCGCCACGACCCGGACCAGCGAGCUGUCCAGCCCCACGUGGAGCGAGGAGGAGCUGCAGCCCGGCGAGGGCUCUCCUGCUUCUAGCAAAGCCUCGUCCCAUAAAACUUAUCCUAAAAUAUUUCAAACAUUUAAGAAAGACUUGUCUGAAGUGACUGUAGAUAGGACUAUGUACCCGAGUUUGUAUGAAAGAGUUCAGAUAUCAGUACAAACAGAAGAAAGUUGGCUGCAACAAAUUUCUGCUCAGAAGCAGCCACAAAAAGUACCAUCCCUUGAAACAAAGGUGGUACAACCAGAAACUCCGGCUGCUAAGUUAAGAGGAAAGUGGGUAAUUAAUCCUGAAGAGCGCAAACUAAGUAUUUUAUUUGAGACAGAGUUUAAUGAAGAAUUUGUAAAAUUGUUUGAAUCUCAUCUAAGAACAUUACCCAGCAUUGGGCCGCCGCCCAUUCUGUCAUAUAGAAAAGAACUUCCCUAUCCGGAUAUUAACAUCGAGGACGAAGAAGAGCUAGCACUCAAGUGUGAAUUUUGUGGAAGUGAUCUACAAGCGUUCCCUUCCGAUGCGGACAUUUACUCUGGACAAAAGCGUGCUUGCUGUUGUCUUCAGUUACAAAAUCUUCUUGAUUAUAUCAAUGAGGAAAGGCUAAACAUCAAAAGAACUAAAACGGACUUAAUAAGUAUUAAUCCUCAUGCAGCCCAUGGCAGUGAGGUUGAUAGACUCAAGGCAAAGGAAAAAGCCAUUCAGAGGAAACAAGAACGUCAGAUGGCCAGACAUUUUGCAAUAGUAUCAAAUGAACAGAGUACCCCGUCAUCUGAUGAAGAUUCAAAGCACUUGAAGACAAUUUCUUACCAGCUUUCUGUGGAUAUACCAAAGAAGAAGAUCAUUGAAGACACAGAUGAUAUUCAGAUUAGUAACGUCUCCAUCUUUUGCUGUGAUUCCAGGAAAACAUGUGGAAAGGUCAUGAGGAACGAGCUCUUGGAGAAGCACUACAAGAAUGGAAUAAAGUUUCUCACCUCCUUUCCAGAUGGGACAACACAAAUAUUCUAUCCAUCUGGAAAUCUAGCCAUUAUCCAAGUGCCCAACAAGACAAAUGGUUUCACUUGUAUUGUCCAAGAAGACACAUCCAGCAGCCCCGCUAUCCUGGCAGUGCUCGACUCCUCUGGGAGAAGCUCCUGCUACCAUCCAAACGGGAAUGUCUGGGUAUACAUCAACAUCUUGGGAGGCCAAUACUUAGAUCAAGCUGGCAACAGAAUACGAACUUGGAACUGGUCAAGUUCCAUGCCUGCCUCAUCCUUUGUUUCAUUUAAACCCAUCUUUCUGGCUUUGAACCGUUACAUUGGAAUUCGCAUCCUAGAACAAGACAAGGUCUCCAUUAAUUUUCUAGCAAUGGGCCAACAGGCAAGAAUCAGUGUUGGAACCAAAGUAAUGCUCCACAACCCAGAGGAGCUCCCAGCCCUGCGGUUCCUGAGUGGAGACGACCUGCUGCUGCUGGCCAGCUUAAUAAAGAUCCGGCGGCUGUUCCAUAAGCUGGAAGGGUGCAUGAAUUUCCCCUCAAGUCAGGCUUGGGAAAAACUAAAGCAACCUUCCUACCUUUCUUCACUCUCUCUAAAACUACUUACCCUCUGUCAUAAUUCUGGCAUACAGAAAAAUAUAAUAGCAACAAUUAAAAAGCUAAUAAAAGAAAAAGAUUAAAGAAGUGUCAUGGGGCUUUCUUUUGUUUUGUUAAGAGUCUUUUAAGGAACAUGAGGUUUCAAAGACUAGAUUGAAUGACCAGGAAAUAUCAAGAAAUGCUUUACUGUAUACAUUUAGGACACCCUGUGAGUCAUUGCUGGUGUAUUCCCAGCUGGAAAUGUAACUCACUUCCUCAAGCCCAGAAAAGAAGCAUGGCAUAAAGAGACACAGGGUAGCGGGCACCUAUUCCACCAGGGAAGGUGUGGGGACCAGUGCUUCUCAGCCCCUGAAAGGGGCAUCUAAAGGAGGAAUAACUCUCAGAGUCACUGCCCACGGCACCUGUGAGGGGACAGGAACUCCAGAAGAUCUGCCGCCUGGUUCUGCAGUCUAGGAAAGCAAACCCUGCCAUCUGCCAGAAUGUUUGCCUCCCACCAAAGAGAAGUAUGCCUCCUCCCUCUCCACCUGGUCAGCAUCAGGCUGAGACUCACCUAGGAACCAGCUAGCUAAACUGCACAAAAAUAAUUAUUUCCCAUUUGCUUUGGUGAGACAAUACUGAAUCCCUAGAGAUAACAUAGCAGAGUCCCCUCUCCUCAAUCAGGGGGAAGAACAGAAGGCAGAUCAGUGAGGACCCUGUCUAGUCACUGUUCUAUUGCUGCAAAGAGACACCAUGACCAAGGCAGUUUAUAAAAGGAAGCAUUUAAUUGAGGGCUUACUUACAGUUUCAGACAGUGGGGAUGAACAGCCAACUGGGGGCUUUUGAAACCUCAAAGCCUAUGCCCAAUGAGCUCUCCUCCAACAAGGCCACACCUCCUAAUCCUUCCUGAACAGUCCACCAACUGAGAAACAAACAUUCAAAUAUAUGAGCCUAUGGGGGCCAUUCUCAUUCAAAUCACCGCAGACUCUAAAGACAUAUAAGAGACAUCUGGACCCCACAGCUGCUGAACAUCCUGGAUUUCUCAGCAAUUCAGGAGUGGGAGGGAAUAAGUUUCAGGUAACAUUCCUAAUUACCAGUUUUGGCACUAUGUGGCAAAAGGGAGUUAAGUCUACCCUUCCCCCACCCCAUUAAUAACUACCAAACUUGUUGUUUUUCUAGAAACUCAAUGGAAUCUGUUAUGGCUUGAAUGUUUUGUACAGUUGAUCCCCAGCAAAGGGUACAGUUCUGGGGGUUUUAGAAUCAUUAAACAUGGGGCCUAGUGGGAAGAACUGCAGGGGUGAGGCUUGUGGGCUCCAGGUGGCCCUCCCCAGCUCUCAGCUUCCUGGUUGGUGCCAGGUAGUAAGCUCCAGCUACAAACUGCCACCACCAUAAACUCUGCCAUGACUUCCCCAACAUGAUGGCCUGCAUCUUCUCAACGUAUAAGACCUUCUUCUCAUAAUUCACAGAAAGCUUAACUCUGAAGAGGAAGCAUGGUCUAUCCCAGUUGGCCUGUGGGUGACAGUGGCCUGGUUAACCCAUUAACUUCUGCCCCCACGCCCAAAUAUGUCAUUGGCUUGCUUUCUGUUGUUGUUUCUGUAAUGUUGUUAGGACUGAGAUUGUUUUGUCUUCUUUCAUUUCUGUCUUGCUAAUUCCCACUGCUUGUCUUUGUAGGAAAGUGACUUUUAGAGUCAUGUCUUUUUUUUUAUGCUUGUAACUAUACAAUUUCCACUAUUAUGCUUUUAAGUUUUUAUUUUUGAGAUUAUAAUAUAAUUAAGACACUUCUACCUUCUCUUUCUUUUCUCCAGACUCUUUCAAAUGUCUCUCCCCACUCUCCUUCAAAUUUAUGGCCUCUUUUUUCAGUAAUUGUUAUUACAUGCAUAUGAAUAUAUAUAUUCCUAAAUGUAACCUGUUCAGUCCAUAUAAAAUUAUUUGUAUGUAUGUUUUCAAAGCUGAUCACUUGGACUGGACAAUAUUCUGCAUAAAAUCAUUUACAAUAUGCAAGAUUUUCAAAAUCAAUACAGCCUCUCAAAAAGUAAACAUAUCUGCCAAAUUUAUAGGUCACUAUGAAACUUCACCUCUAAAAUAUCUCCAAAGAGACUGGAGACAGGCUCAUCAGUUUAGAGUACUGCUGCAAAAUAACCAUUUUGUACACUGUGAAGAUGUGUCACUCUGAUUGGUUUAAUAAAAAGCUGAACAGGAUUUCUGGGCAGAGAGGACACUGAGAAGGUGGAGACACCAGGAGAUGCAGAAAACAGGAUGGGCAGUACAGAGAUGAGGUAACAAAGCCACAAGGCAGAAAGUAAAUUAAUAGAAAUGGGUCAAUUUAGUUAGAAACAAGCCCAAGCUACAGCCGACCUUUCAUAAUUAGCAUAUAAGCCCAGUGUUAUUUUUUGUGAGCUGGCAGCCCAAAGAAAAGCCCAACUACAGAGUGCAGACUGCUCCUGCAGAGAACUUGGUUCAGUUCCCAGCACCCAUGUCAGGUGGCUCACAACCACCUAUAACUCCAGUUCCAGGAGAGCAACACACUCCGGCCUCAGUGGGCACCUUCACACAUCUGGUACACAUAAACUCUCUCUCACACACACAUAAAUAAAAAUAAUUAAUAAAUCUUUCUUAAAAAUACCUUCCAGAAAAUAAACAUUCAGCCAGUUUCAAAAUAUGAUUAGAAAUACAUGAUUUAGUAAAAUGUAAAGGCAACAAAUGAUCAAAUGUUGAUUCAUCAGUUACAUUUUAAAACUUCAUUUAAUAAUUUGUACCUAAGUAUGCAUUAGCUACAAGCUAGACUCACUUCCUUUCCUACUGAAAAGCCAGCUCUCAACAGGCCAGGAACUGAAGAGGAGGUGUGGAGUCGGCAGUUAAUCACACAAUUGACUUUCUUCUCUGAGGGAGUGAAACAGUUUUCUGGGGAUGGCAAAAAAGGGGAAAACACAUACACACACACACACACACACACACACACACAUACACACACACAUACACACACACACACACACACACACACACAUACCUUCAGCAUGUCAGGUGUCCUUUAUUUUUUCCCUAUUACAUCUCUUCUGAUGUUUUCCUUCUAAUUCUGUUUUUCCCCUUCCAGCUUACACACCCCAGCAAAAUCUUUCAAGCAAUAUAAAAAUUACAAUGUGGUUACAUUCUACUUUUUAAGUGAAUGAUUACAAUAAAUACAACUAAAAAACAGCAUGUUUCUCAUUUCUCUUACAUGAUUAAACAUUUUACACAUUACAGGUGAAAACCAAAUUAUUCCCAAGGACCCACAUACAUUCAUGUCCAAUCAACUUGUUAUAGAUUAACGAAGUGUAAGGAAACAAGGUAAUUUUCUCAAUCAGCUCUUUCACUGGCAGGCUGCAUUUUGUGUUUACAAAGAAAGGAUCAAUCAUUUUAUUAUCUCAAAAGGUAAUUAUCUCAAAAGAUAAUCAUUAAAAAAUCUUAAAAGAACCACAAAUCUAAACUUUCAUAUAUGAAAAACAGCCAGUCAUCUCUACUUUAAAUCCUUAGGGUACAUUCUCACUCAUUAACAGCUUUUUAUUAAAUCAAAUUAGGAAGCUGCAGGGUACAAGAAAUUAAUCAUUGCCUCUGGUCACCAACCCAUCUUUAGCAAGAAAGGCAUGUCAGUAGUAAUAACCAGGCUACCUUUGUUCUUGUUCCUUGACCUCAUCAAGUCCCUUGCUCAACUAUUAAAAGUGUGCCUUUCUAAACUUUAAAUUGUUCCCCAAGAUUUUCUGAAUAAACGAAUCAAGUGAAGUCUGCACAGAGAUACACACAGUCAUGGAGUGUGGGAGUCUGAGUCCAGCUCCGAUCUGUCGAAGGGUUCUUGGGUAGAGGAGAGAGGAAUGAGGAAAUAUUAAAUAGAAAGAUAGAAAGAGACAUAGAAUAACUUUGGGAGGGUCCUGGGUCAAUACCCAGUUGCCCAGAAGUUUAUUCAAAAGGCUUUUUAUAAUAUGCUCCCCCUUGCAAGAUCAAAGCACACCAUACAGUUAAGCAUAGACACUUCCAAACACCUGGUAAACAUGCCCCUGGCCAAAUCAUCCCAUUAUGCAGUCCUGCUGGGUAAAGCAAGCUCAGAUUCUCUGACCCUGAGUUAGGUCUUACUAGGAAGCCUCUGUGGGCCUCCACAAUGGAGCAAAAAUCAAUGUAUUUCCUCCUCAGUGCUGGAAGUAUAGGCUACAAAUAAACCAAAAUCCAUCUCAAAGCCUAGGACCCACCUCAGUCUGUGCUGUUCCAAAUAUACACACACCCAUCUUACCUGGUUUUCUGUUCAUUUUGUUAUGCCAUUGUUAAAAAAUUUCCAUCAGAAACAUGGCAAGCAUGUUGGUCAUGUAGCCCAAGUGUGUGUUUAUCCCCGGCUGGAGUUCACUCCACUGAUGUAUUUAUCUGUUUAAUAAACAUUUACUCAGUGCCUAUUUUGUGCCACCUACUAAUGACACACAACUAGAAGUCUCACUUCUUUGUCCUUAGGGAAAAGGAGAUAUAAAAAGGAGACUGUGACUAAAUAGUGAGGUAAGUGUAAUGGAAGAAAAAUGUUCAAGGAGAAGCCAAAAGACAGUCUCUGUCCCAGCCCAGAUUGAGGUAGAGGAAAGAGAAUGCAAAAAAGGCCAAAUAACUGAUUUCAGAAUAAUCAUAGAAUUUCUUCCCUGACAUAACAAUUAACCCUUGAGUAUGUUGACUGGAUUCAGGAGACACAGGUGAUUCAAAGGAUGACCACAGAGCCAGAAAUGCCCAGAAGAUAAGUAAAUGAAUACAAACUCAUAACAUCAAGUCCUCAAAAGGGAACUGGAGAUGACCAGGCAACACCAACUUUGGCCAACUACUUCUGGUCCCCAGGAAGAUGCGAGGAAAGAAAUAAUUCACAAGUGUUCCUGGGGUUGGGGUUGGAAAAGGACGGCUUGGCUCCAACCAGAUUCAACUUAAAAAGAAAGGUUCAGCUAUGGAGAGAGGGGAGGCCUUGGAGAAGUCAGAGUAAGUACAGUAGGGCAGGCUGGGAAUGCUCCAUGUCAAGUCUGGACUAGAAUAUACCAGUGGAGGUGAAUGUGAUGGGGCUGCGUACAGAUAGGAUUUAUGCUAUUAAAUCAUUAAAUAUUUCAUAUAUUUUUUAAUAUCUUAAAUUCUUUUGCCUUAAAAAAGACUAGCCAGAAAAAAAUAAGAAAACAGAAAGCACACUGAAAUCAGGUACAGACCGGGGAGAAGCAAGCAGUUCCAUGGUCUAACAGAGGCUUUAGCUGAAGUAUUGAGGGUAAAUAGGAGAAUCAGAUCACCAAGACUAGAACUCAGAAUUCCUUUUUCCUUAGCCUAAGAAUACAUGAGCUUCCUAAACUAUACAAUAAACAUAUUUUUAACUCUACCCAUAUGAUAUUGUCUAAAGAUAGAGAAUUGGUUCAGAAUGAAUUACCUAGAAUAAUGUGGUAGCCUAGAAAUUUGUCUGCUUGGGUUUAUACAAUUAUACAUGAUCUAGAGUGCAGUGUUCACAUCUUUAAAGAAACACUAAUCACAGCCAAGUACAAAGCUGCACUCCUGUACUCCUAGCACUUGAGAAAUGAAAGCAAAAGAAUUGUCACAAGUCUGAGGCCAGCCUGGGCAAGAGAGUACCAGCCAGCCAAGACUAUACAGCAGGGCCUUGUCCCAAAAAGAAAUCUCUCCUAAAUAAAUAAAUUAAUAUGUUACAUUUCCCUAUGCCCAUACUACCUGAGUUCUUUCCUCAAUGCCCAAAUCAGACGAGGAUAUUGUUCAGUUCUAUACACUACUUUAUGUUGAUACUCUUUAACAUUCCACAGAGAAAGAAACAGUUCCUGAAUGAUGCCAUCACCAAAUAGUGGUUAUCAUGAUUACAUUGAUGUUUUUGUUUGUUUUGCGUGUGUGUGUGUGUGUGUGUGUGUGUGUGUGUGUGUGUGUGUGUGUGUGAAUGUUUGCCUAUUUUAUAACAAAACAAGAACCAAGAGAUAGUACAAAAUAAUCGUCUUCCAGGGCAUGUCUCCUUUGCAAGUCUUGGUCCUAUUAAUAAAAGAACUUAAAAAUGAGCUCAGAGUCAGGCAGUGAUGGUGCACACCUUUGAUUGCAGCAUGUGGUGGGCAGAGGCAGUAGAUUUCUGUGAGUUCAAGGCCAGCCUGCUCUACAGAGUGAAUUGCAGGACAGGUUACAGAGAAACUCUGUUUCAAAAAACAAAAACAAAAACAGAAGGAGAGAGAGAGAGAGAGAGAGACAGAGACAGAGAGACAGAGAGACAGAGACAGAGACAAGAGAUGAGAGACAAGACAGAGAAUGGAAGAGAGAGAACUUAAAAAUGAGUUCAGAAGGAAAUUUAAGACAAUUUACUGGAGUCCAGGAGAGAAAAAAGAGUAGGCAAGCUGGAGAUCUGUGUGUGUGUAUGGGGGGGGGGGGUGGAAAGUAGAAGGGGAAAGAAAGUCCUACUUUCAUAGAGUUUUGUGAAUGAACAGAUACAGUGGAGAACCAAGAAGGCACAUUGGGAAAAGGGGGUGGCAGAAGAUGCCCAUGGCCUUUGUUCC